AUGCUCUCUCUUGUUCUCAAGGCCGAGCUCGAAGGAGUCAUUGGUCUAAAGCCAACUGAUGCGGAGGAGAACCCUUACUUCUACACUUUCCGCGUGAAAUGCACCUCAUGCCAUGAAGUGCACCCGAACUGGGUCAGCUUCAAUCGCUUUGAGGAGCAUGAGAUCCCCGGCAGCCGUGGCGAGGCCAACUUUGUGUGGAAGUGCCGGAUGUGCACGAAAACCCACUCGGCCAGCGUCAUUGCCGGUCCCCACGCCUAUGAGGCAGAUGAGAAAAAGAAGGGUCUCAAGAUCCUUGAGCUUGACUGCCGUGGUCUAGAGUUUAUUGAGUUCAAACCCGACUCUACGCAGGGUGAAUGGGAGGCUAAGGGCGCUGAGACUUCGACUCCCUUUGCUGAAAUUGACCUCUCUGAGGGCGAAUGGUAUGAGUACGACGAUAAGUCUAGUGAGGAGGUCAGCAUUAAGGAGAUCACCUGGACUAUUGGUCGCGCAUAA